AAAUUAUGGGCCCAACCCAAAUCCUGAACAUAAAUUCAAAUAAAAAGGAAAUCACUAAACAAUUAAAUACACAAGAUUCAAUAACAGUUACUAAAAAAAUCAGUUAAACAAUAAAAGCAAAUAAAAACCAGUUGCAUCAGUUUUUUUUAGAAUAAGAAUUAUCUAAAAAGUAUUUCCCAAACAUUUGAAGUUAAUUGCAUUUUACAGUUAAUGGAAGAAAUAUCUGAUCACGUGACUCUUUUAUUGACUUCUCCGGUCAGCCACUAGAUGGCGGUCACGAGAAACAAUAUUCUGUAAACAUAGUCAAGAUAAAAAACAUACAUUUUUGCAUUUUUAUUGAGUAAUUGAGAGUUUCGUUCAAUUGUAGUCUUUUAGAAAUGACACAAAUGUAUUUAAAAAAAAGAAAAGGAAGAAAGAAGAUAUACACACCCAUGCCUCCGCCCCCAGCUGUCCUCUUAAAAAACGUGUUGCAACCGGACACACUGUGUGUCAGAGAGACUCCUCUCUGCCAGAAACACUCACUGCUAAACCUGCAGCCAAAGGCGGUGAAACUGUUCAGAAUCUCGGGCUGCUGUCGCGCUUUUACGCGCCGGAGAGAACACUUGGAUUUGCAGACUCAUCUUCUGGAGAAACGGGACUCUGGGAGAACAGGAUGCAGUCUGUGAGGCUGGCCCUGGAGGAGCUGCUGGUGUCCUCUCAGGAGCAGAACUGCCUGACUGUUGGCAUCUAUGAAUCAGCGCAAUUACUCAAUGUAGAUCCAGACAGUGUGGUUCUGUGCGUCCUUGCAGCCGAUCAUGAGGAGGACGUGGCGCUGCAGAUCCACUUCACCCUGCUGCAGUCCUUCUGCUGCAACAGCGGCAUCACCAUCCUGCAGGUCUCGGGGAUUCAGCGCCUCCAGCAGCUUCUGGGAGCUGCAGAUGCUAAUAAAAACCAGGAAGAGUACAAAGACCUCCACUGCUUACUAGUGACGAACCCUGAGGCGAACCACUGCAGGCUGCAGGAAGUGGGAGCAUAUUGUAAACAGAGUCUGCGUCCUGAUCAGUGGGUUCCUACCCUGAUACUUCAGGAGCGCUGACGGCCCAGAUACUAAUCAAAUGAAGACUAUUCAUGGUUGAGCUGCAGUGCUCAGAAGUUGAGUUGGUCCAGUCUGCCAUAAAGACUACUAGGAGUCUUUCUUUCAGUGACUGUGAAAAAAGAUGGCCUCUAAAACUGAGUUUUAGCCAAAAGAGGAAUAUAAAAUCAAACGGACUUUGGAUGUUGUUCUGCAGAGAAGCUUAAAUUGGACUACAUGCUUAAAUCCAUCUGAACAAAACAGUUUGUAGGAGAGCUGCUGCUGUUUUUGGAUUCAGGAAACUUUCUUUAGUUUUAAUCGAAUAAAAAGUUACUUUUUGUUACAUUGUCGCUGCCUUUUGGCAAUAUAGAGCUUUAACUCACAUUUGCUGAGUGGUUUUCUCAGAAAAUCUUUUACUGUUUAAUGCCUGUUGUCACAAAUAUGCAACAUACCUCCAAAAUUACCUAAAUGUAGCAUCUACUUAAAAGCAAAAACUCAAGUGAUUUUUUAUUUAUUUAUUUUUUUUUCUUCCUCCAUAUCUGGAAAUAAAUUAAGGCGUUAAGGGGUUAAUCUUGUCCUCUUAAAAACAGAUUUCUCUUUGAUGAACAUGUCCUAUUUAGCUAGUAUUAUUAGCAAAUGUGUGCAAUUGGCGUUAAAAAAUAUAUUUAUUUAUAAGAGACUCUACCUCCGUAAACAUUCCACUCAUAGGAAACCUUAUAAAAGACCAGAUUUCAAUGAAGUUUUAUAGUACUUAAAGUGUCUUGCAUUCUAGACUUUUUUUACUUUGUGCCAACUAUUUGAUGAACCUGUAGUAGGCAUUAUAUUUUAAAUGAGCUAAUUUAGAAGAUAAAUCUUAAUUUAAAUAUCUACUUUAUAAUUUGUGCUUGGUUUUUAAAUAAGAUGAAGACUUUGGUGAUGGGGAAAGUUAUCAAUUAAUUGAAUUUUUUUAAAACAUCUUUACUCUUCCAGAACUGCUGGUGUAUAGCUAUUUAAACUUAAGGUAAAACUGUCGACCAUCGGUUAAAAGGGGCUCAUUGUUGAAAUUUAUGUGCACACAUGCAUUCAUAUGCUGGUUUCCACAUUAUGGAACCACCGUCUUAAACAGGCUAAACAGAAAGCAGAAAAUAUGAACAAAAUAGAGAAAUAUUGUGUACAAUUUUCCAGAUAUAUGUGUUGGUAUUUUUGUACAGAACAUGUUGGUUUCUCUGUGGAAGGAACUCCUCUAAUAAAGGUCAGGGUGAAGGUAUGUAUGGUUUUAGAGUGUCCUCUAAGUUGACUAAGCUAUCUGCAUCAAUCAGCAGACAUUCUUAAAA